AUGGGAAGCAAUUGUGCAACCUGUUAAAAUUGUUAGAAAAAGGAGGAGAUCCUGAUCAGUGAGGUAUAACAAUAAUCGAACCCACAAAUGAAUUAAUACUCUUAAUAACCAAAUGAAGAGGAAGAGGAAGAUCGUAUAUUGAUCUAACAAUAUUUUAGAUCUUGAGGAGAAGAACCAUGAAGGUUCAAGUUAGAUCGUAUAGCAAUAUUUAAAUUUGGAUGCUCCUUAAAAGAAUGAUGCUAUUGUAUAUGCAGAACCUAUAAGGGCCUAACAAGUAGAAACUCCAUAAGUUCAAGUGAUUAUGACUAAUGGUAUUUAUGAAAAAGAUUGUUAAAUAAGAGUCAAAUGCAGAUAGUAAGAAGAGAAAAAAUGAGAUGAUGUUAAGAAAUUUGGAAGAUCUGAAUGAUACUUAAAUUAAUAAAUCUGAAAAUACUGUUAGAGAAAAGAGACCUCGUCAUUUAUUCAAAGUAUGUAAUGUUAAAAAAUAUUAAUUUUAUAGAGUGGGGCAUUUUAUGAUGGAGAAUGGGUUGGUUAGAAUAGAGAUGGAUAUGGAGUUCAAAUUUGGAGUGAUGGUGCAAAAUAUGAGGGAGAAUGGAAAAACAAUAGAGCUAAUGGAAGAGGGAAAUUUUGGCAUAUAGAUGGAGAUUAUUUUGAAGGAGAGUGGAAAGAUGAUAAAGCAUGUGGGAAAGGUGUUUAUUUUCAUACAAAUGGAGCAAAGUAUGAAGGAGAUUGGAUGGAUGAUUUAUAGCAUGGUUUUGGAGUUGAAACUUGGGCUGAUCAAGCAAGAUUUGAGGGAAUAUAUUAACAUGGUAAAAAAGAAGGAUUUGGGAAGUAUUAUUGGGGAGAUGGAUCAAUAUAUAUUGGAAAUUGGAGUGAAAAUAAAUUGUCUGGUUAUGGUGUGUAUACUUGGCCUGAUGGGAGAGUAAUGAAAUUUAUUUAAUUUAGAGAUACGAAGGAUAAUGGGCUAAUAAUUAAAUGAGUGGACGUGGAAUAUAUUAUUGGAAAGAUGGAAGAAAAUAUGAAGGGUAAUAUGUAAAUGAUAAGAAACAUGGUUAUGGUAUAUACACAUGGCCAGAUGGAAGGGUAUUUAUUUUAAUGGAGUUUUAUUAGAAAUAUGAAGGAUAUUGGUCUAAUGGGAAAUAAUAAGGAAAAGGUAGAUACAUUUUACCUAAUGGAAAGAGUUAGUUAGGAAUGUGGGAUAAUGGAAAAAGGAUAAAAUGGUUGGAUUAAGGUGAAUAGAGUGUUGAUUUGAAACCUAAAGAUUGGAAUUCUUAUGUUUAACCAUCUUUAGGAGAAACAUAAUUAUGA